CCCAUGCGCCCCCUCCUCAGCGUCGUUGUGGACGGUCUGCCCCCCGGAAACGCCUCCAGCUGGCACCCAGGCCCCGGGUCUGUCUCUGAAAUGUCUCUGCUGCACGCCCUGGGUCCUGUGCAGACCUGGCUGGGGCAGGAGCUCGAGAAGUGUGGCAUCGAUGGCAUGAUCUACACUCGCUACGUCCUCAGUCUGCUGCUUCAUGACAGCUGUGACUACGACCUGCAGGAACAGGAGAAUGACAUCUUCCUGGGCUGGGAGAAAGGUGCCAACAAGAAGUGGGGCAGGAGUAAGAAAAGGUGUUCAGACCUCACUCUGGAAGAAAUGAAAAAGCAAGCUGCCGUCCAGUGUCUCCGGUCUGCGUCUGACGAGAGCUCGGGCAUCGAGACUUUGGUGGAGGAGCUGUGCUCCCGGCUGAAGGACUUGCAGAGCGAACAAGAAGAGAAGAUCCACAAAAAGCUGGAGGGGUCUCCGUCUCCAGAGGCAGAACUGUCCCCGACCGUGAAGGAUCAGGUGGAAAUGUACUAUGAAGCAUUCCCACCUCUGUCUGAGAAGCCCAUAUGCCUACAGGAGACCACGACUGUGUGGACCAGGUCCAAGGUCGGCUCCCCUUCCAGCGCCUCAUCAUCCACAGCCCUGCCAGCCAGCACGGAUACUUCCUCCCCCAGGGAUGGCCACAGCGAGGGCGAGGCCACCAGAGAACAGCGUGGGGUGGCACACGCCCCCACCCACAACACAGCCCCCAGCAGGAGUCGCAGUGCAAAGGACAGCAAGCUCAGCAGCGGUGCGCCCCCAGAGCCAUCUGCGCCCCACAAGAAGCAGGCCCGACACCGGCCUGAUGGGAAGGCCCGCCCCCGCUCCUGGUCCUCGGGCUCCAGUGAGGCCGGGUCCAGCUCCAGCGGCACCCAGGGAGAGCCCAGGGUGUCCGUCAAGUGCGUCAAAGUGAGGCACCGUACUCGGGAAACCCGGAACAAGAAGGGGCGAAGUGGGCAGGGCCGGCUUCCAGCCAAGGGCAAUGAGAAAGCCGAGCGGGGUGUCCAUGCGGGGAGCAGCAGUGGCGGCGGGUCCGUCCUACAGCUGUGCAAGCGGGGGAGGCGGCCGCCCAGGGGGCCGGGGCGAAGAGAGGCCAUGGGCACCGAGGGCAGAAACGACCAGCAGUACCGGGAGGAGCCCCUGUGGUACACUGAGCCCAUUGCCGAGUACUUUGUGCCCUCGAACCAGAGGAGCAAGCUGGAGACCAGCUACCGCCACCGGCCCGAGCCAGGCGCCAGUAGCCCCCCUGGGACACAGCUCGCGGCUGGCACCUUCAUCGACGGUCAUUUUGUUGAAAUGCCUGCGGUUGUCAGCGAGGCUGCUGCCCUCCGCGGGAGCUCGUUCUGUUCUCCAUCGGAGGACGCCACAUACCUGGAUGACAUUCAUCUGUCAGAGUUCACACACUUCUACGAAGUGGACAUUGAUCGGUCCAUGUUGGAUCCCGGUGCCUCAGAGACAACACAAGGAGAAAGUCGGAUCUUGAACCUGAUCCAGCAGAAAGGCAGAGAGAGGACAGAUUUUGAGGCCGAAUGUUGCAUAGUGUUAGAUGGGCUGGAGCUACAAGGGGAGCGUGCAAUAUGGACCGAUCCCACCAGUCCUGGGUGUGCCGACGGCCUGGCUCACUUCUGGGACAGCUGCUCGUCCAGCUCUGGUGACGCGGACGCCGAGAGCUUCGGGGGAGACUCUCCACCCCACCGCUCCCCGCUCUUUGACGGCGCCAUGCUCAGCUCUCACCUGCUGGCGGGCAGUCGGGAACUCUUUUCUGAGAUGAAGGAAGGAUCUGGUCUCCACUCCUGUUUUUCAGUGUUUGAAGUGCAAUGCGCUGACUCUGACCUACCUUUUUCUUUUGAAACACUCAAUUUGGGAAGUGAAAUUGCAGAUUCUAGCGGUAGCCUACUUGGAAAAACGCAAUCUAGAUUGCUAAUAUGGACCAAAAAUAGUGCCUUUGAAGAAAACGAACACUGUUCCAAUCUGUCCACAAGGACAUGCAGUCCCUGGUCCCAUUCAGAAGAGACCCGCUCCGACAACGAGACAUUUGGUGUCCAGUUUGAGGAGCCUGGCCAGUUCAGUGCCGAGGACGUCAGCUACGUCGGGCCUAGAGUCUCAUCUACUUACGUAGAGGAGGAACUUCUCGAUUGUUUGCAAGAUGAAGCCUGCCUACAAAACCAUAGAACUCUGGGAGAAAUUCCUGCAGUCGUUUUCAAAACGAAAUCAAAACUAGAAUCUGUCUGUGGAAUUCAGCUGGAACAGAAACCUGAAGGCAGAGACUUUAUGGCCGCACGGGGCUGUGGGGAGGGCAGUCCAGGCGGGGUCAUGAAGAGCAUCUGGACACAUGUGACAGCUGCGGCAGAGGCGGGCAGGAUGGAUGGUGAGCUGUUCUCUGCAGACGUGCGUGACUACUGCUGCUGUCUGGAUGCUGACGUGCAGGCCCCAGGCCACCAGGAGCCCAGCAAGGCCGUGCAGAGGUCGGAGUACCACCUGUGGGAAGGGCAGAGGGGGCGCCUGCCAAAACCCAUGUUCGCCCCAGGUGAGCCGGCCGAGGUGGACGGGGGUGACUACACCACGCCCUCGAGGCCCUGGGACACAGCCCAGGAGAAGGAGAGCACCUUCCUUCUCGGGGGUGUCUACGGAGAGCUCAGGGCUUUCAGCAGCCAGGGGGAGUGGGCCGUGGUACCGCCUGCCGCGCCCCGGGGCAGCCUGCUGCAGUGUGCCGCCUCUGACGUGGUGACCAUCGCCGGCACUGACGUCUUCAUGACUCCUGGAAACAGCUUUGCUCCUGACCACCGGCAGCUGUGGAGGCCCCUGGUGUCCUUUGAGCAGAGUGAACCGCCCAGGAGUGGGGAGAGCGGGUGGAAUAAGGGGUUUUCUUUCAUCUUCCAUGAAGACUUGUUGGGUGCGUGUGGUAACUUCCAGGUGGAGGACCCUGGACUCGAGUGCCCCUUCUCCUCCUUGGACCUGGGCAGUCCACUCGCUCAGGUCCUCCAUGUUGAGUGCGCCUUGGAACCUGAAGGCAUGGCCUCAUUCAGCCCCAGUUUUAAGCCCAAGUCCAUCCUGUGCUCUGACUCGGACGGCGAGGUGUUCCACCCCAGAACGUGCAGUGUUGACAGGACUCAGUACCGGGCCAUCCGCAUCUCCCCCCGGACCCACUUCCGCCCCAUCUCCACAGCGGACCUGUCCCCAGGUGGGGGCAGUGAGUCCGAGUCAGAGUCUGAGAAAGAUGAGCCCAGUGUCCCCGUCCCUCCUCAGGUCAGUACCUUCCCCGACCCCCAGGCCGACCUCAAGCCCCUGGAGGAGGACGCCGAGAGGGACAGCCAUUACUACGGCAAGUCGGAGCUCGAGUCUGGGCGGUUCCUGCCCCGGCUGAGGAAGUCGGGCAUGGAGAAGAGCGCACAGACGUCCCUGGACUCCCAGGAGGAGGCAGCGGGGGGCUUGCUGCCGGGAAGGCGGAGCCCGUGUCUGGAGUGCAGUGCGCAACGCGAGACCCUGGACACAGAGCUGGGGGGCUCGGGAGCAAACUGCAAAAUAAUGGCACAAUGCGAAGAGGAGCUGAAUCCCUUCUGCGGUCGUGAAGCAGAUUGUCAGUUUCCUGCUUACCAAGAUGAUGUGAUGUCUUCAGGACGACUAGACAAGUUUCCUGUGUUGAACACGGACGUGCAGGGAACCAGGAGACAGCAGGAGAAGCCCAUCUGGUGGGAGAAAGCCCUCUUCUCUCCUCUCUUUCCUGCGCCCCAGUGUGAAGAAUGUUACACUGAUGUGAAGGGAGAGAACAGUGUUGACUUCCCAGAUGUCAAAGACAUGUCCAAUCAUGAGUGCCCACUGGACUUCAAUAGGGUGUCCUCCGUGUAUGAAGCCCGGUGCAGUGGGGAGAGGCUCUCGGGAGCACAGGCACAUGGCUUCCGCAGAAAGGUGGGCUCCGGCAGCAGCUCAGCCGCAGACGACACUGGCUCCGAAGACACCGGCUCGGAGGGUGGGGGUGGGUGGGCGGGCCGCAGCCAAGAGGAGCUCUUUUCUCGAACUCAUUUGUGA